AUGUGUGGGGAGGAGUGCCAAAUAUACUCUAUCUACGCCGCUGGAGGAGAAAGUGGCGGCUUGUGUUCGUUUAAAAUCUGGAAAGAAGGUGUUGUUGGCGCAGAUAUUUCCGCCAGGAAGUCUAGCGACGACAGCGACGUUGAGACCCAGCAUACCCAUACCGGCGGCAGACCCGACCCCAAGGACGCCCAUGAGGCAGCGGGAAACCAUGAGGUCAAUCCGGUUGACCUGCUGCCCUCCGACUACGCCAUCAGAGAAGUCUUUGACAGCUACGCCCCGGCCACGGCUCCGCCUGUCCGUCCCAAAUCCCAGGGUCUGGAAGCACCGUCCGAGCCAUGCGGCGUCCGUCACUCCACGCCCUAUCGUUAUCAUAUGGCCUGCAACAUCUACUUUAGCGCCAACGGUGACCUGGUGUACAUCAGGGCUAACUCGCGACCGCACCACACGGGGCGGCGGCAUUGCCUUCUCGCCUAA